AUGGAUGAUGCAGCGCAGCUCCUUGAACUUGGCAGGCCCAGACCUGACUGUUUCUCCUCGUCCCACCCCUUGACAUUGGCCGUCACAGUCCCUGGUGGAGGGCAGGGCGAUGGCUGGCAAAGUGAGGAGCAGCACUGGGAGCAGUGCCCGGACGGUUGUGGGCGAUGCGCCCGGUGCCGAUUUCAGGCAGGUUUCAGCGGCAUGCUGCGUCGUGGUUCUCAGGGUCUGCAGGCCCCUUCAAGUGCUCACAGCUGGGCGGAGAACUUCACAUUCGAGCACCCGACGGCAGGCAGGAAAACGUGGCUGACUGCAAGGCCUGGGCACCCUUGGGGUAUGGGGUGCUGGAUUUGCGCACACUUCCCAGCUAGCAAGGGCAACAGCACCUUUGGGAGGCUAGCGGUCGCAGAUCUGCAAACGAUCAGCCCGAGUUCGUUCCAGAAACACGCAGGGUCCCAGAGUCAUCAAGAAGCAACGCGGACCAUGCGACAGCAACUGGCCGGAUCUGAAUUGGCGGAGGAGGGUGCGUACACAGGCCUGGGGGACAGCAUUCCGAGACUAGAAAAAUUCCAUCUCGCUGGACAAAUCAUAGCGAGACACGAUACCUUCAACGACUAUGCAGAGCUGGUGAAAAGCCUCAGAGUCGCGUCGCCGCUUGCGUUCAGCGGAGACAUGUCCAGACAAGCGUGCGCCAAAAUGGUGGUGUGUUUAGCGCAACCCCUUCGGCGUCAAGACUUGUUAGUCAUCCGCAAGGCCAGUGUCGGGAGCAUUGCGUUGGAUGUGAGGCAAGACCUCAUGCUGGUCAGAGCCAGAUUUUGGUACAGUGGCCUCAACAACAAUCCGCACCUGAGCUCGUCAGGAUUGUACGAAUGCCUCCUGGGGUGCGAACGCGAGCAAGGCAGCGGAGCUCGCGCGUCCGCCAUGAGCGUGGAGCAGAUCCUGAAAAAUGCUUGCAGAGUCAGGAGCGGCCCGAGAGCCGACGACUUCGUCAGCGGCCCAGGCGACCAGUUGGACGAGGAGGCUUUCGCGCACCUCAAGGCAGCGGAGCUUUACGCAAAGUGCAGUACCACAUGCAUGAACCUAGCAAGGCAGAUGUCCCCGUGCCCCGACAUCAUUGUCAGUGUCGUGGCUGAUGGAGGUCCAUCGGAGCAGGGGGCUAUCCCAAUUUUGACCGCGGAGGUCCUCAAAAAUGUGAACAUGGUAUCACGUGACCGAGCUCACCGAGCGCAGUCAGUCAUGAAAGGCGUUUAUGCUGGGCUGAAUGAUCUUUGCGAGCAGUUUCUUGCAGCAUUCACGACAGGCGAGAAAAGCCUGGCGCGAAUGCUGAAGACACGUGGCUUUGAAGUAGAACGUGAAAUAUUUUUGCUUUGGGAUGCUAGGAACAGCGGCAAAUAUGUCCACUUCUUCAAGGAUGCCCAGGGUCAGGGUCAGAAUCAGAUGGCCGAAGUGAAGCGCUUUGCCCGGGCGAUCACGAACUUCUCUUUUGCCAUGCAAAGGUUUGAUUCCGUCACCGAGCCAGCUCAGAGAAUGUUCGUGCUCCUGCCAGAGAUUUUCCAGUUCCUUACCAUCCUAACAAAGGAGGGAGAUGCGGAGGACGGGAAAUGGGCGAGGGCUUGCCUGGCCCGUCUGACCGGCCCCGGCAGCUGGCGACGCAUUUGCACUGCGGCCAUGGGAACCGACGGCCUUUUAAUUUGUCAAAGCUUCUUGCGGAAGGACGACGCGGGCAAUGCCGAGGUCUUUUUGAAAGCCUCCGAGGUUCAAGAAGCCUUGCACAAGAUCGAAGUCAUCUUCAAGGAUGGCGGCCUCUUCGACGAAACUGUUGCACGGGACACGAUGUUCCAGAAGACACGUGCAACAUUGCGCAGGGUCAGUGUCGUGACUUACUGGGAGAACAAAACAGAGCGCGCGGCUGCGAUCCCGGUGGAGGAUGACAGGAGUCAUUACGAAGCUGUCGGGCUCCAGAUCCACGAACUGUUUACCUGUUUUUUCAAAACGUACUUUCCAGGCUUCGAGCAAAUCAAUGCAUUCGCUGCACUACGAUUGGAUCGAAGUCUGUCCUUCCAACAUCGGAAGACGCUUUUGAAGACAGUGUCAAUGAUGGAAAGAUGUGACCAUGAUGCAUUGUGGAAAGAGCUGAUGGGCCCUUGCGAUUGGGAAUCUGGCCAAGGCCCACGUUUGGGCUUGUUCGCGCGUGCGCAGUUUUUCUACCACAACAUCGCUGCUGCAUCGGAGAAAAGCUCAGCUGCGAACGACUUGUAUGGUCCAUCCACGGCUGCUUGGCUGGUCACCCUUCAAGACCUCAAGCCCGCGCAACGUGCUGCCCGCAGCCUUGCCAUCAGGGUCAUCACCAAGGCCAUGGUUACCAUGACUGGCACCACAGGUGUGGAGCGUGACCUCGGACAGGUCAGAUUGACAGAAUUAAAACAUAGGGCCAUGCAGCUGGGCCCUCGCAUCUUGGAGUCCAGUGUCAAAUGCAACGUUCAAUGCUUCACGGGGCGACGAGCAGGCGGCUCCUUUGACCCAGAUGCUUUGUUCCUUGGACCGGUGGCAUCUGCCGAGAAGCGCGUGCGGCAUCGGGCUUCGGCGUACGGCCUGCGAUGCCAAGCCAUCUACAAAGAGUUUUUUGGAGAGAAAAAAUGCAGUGGCCGAAGCCUCACUCUCCAGGCCGACCGCAUGAAGGAUGAGAAGCCCAAGCUUAACUCAAUUCGCAGGCCACAAUCAGAGUCAAACGUGCUGACUUUGCAAGGCGAGAAGAAGAAGCACAAGCAGGCUAUCGACAGAAUUGUCAAUGCAUCUGGAAAGGCCGCUUCCAUGGACAGGAUUCUGGAUGCUCAGCACGAGGUCGCUGAAGCACGGUCUGGUGCCUCAGUGUCCGUUGCCGACAUCGUCGCCCUGAAGAGAAAACACCAGCAGCAGCCAGAACAAGCUGAGGAUGAAGACAUGAUGUCCUUGCAGCGUCCCGAGAAGGUGGCGUCACUGCUCGAGAGACAUGAGCAAGUUCAGAAGACACAACUGGAAUUGGUGAAGUCUUUGAAAGCAGGGGAGCCGGUUCCACACAUGGCUGUGAAUGGUGUGUACAGAGUCAAGCUGCCCCAACCAAGUCCCAAAGCUGAUGCUGCACCUCCGUUGCCUGAGCGCAUCCGCAUAUUCGCCAGUGGGGGGGCGACGGUGCCGCUUUGGAGCAGGUACCUGCUUGAAGCAGACAUUUCAAAGUGUCAGGUGGUUCUCAUGCAGGAUGUGGCGUCCGGCUGGUACACAGAGGAUGCAUUGCUUGCACGGCUCUAUGGUCUCAGAGUCGCCUCGAAAGAAUGGGCUCUGUCAAAAACACGUUCAGGGUCAUGCAUAUGUUUUGCACCGGCUUUGCAGUGUCACCUGUAUUUUUAUUUGACCGACGCAUUUUGUGAUCAGUUCCGCAGUGUGGCCAAAAUUUUGCUUGGAGCUACAUCGAACGUCGGUUGCAAGUUGCAGGUUUUCCGGGGCUGCGUGCCGGAAAAGCCGAAGCACCCACGCUUGACGUUUCAGGUCUCAGUGUCAUCUGGCAGCAGCAAUGGCCAGGCAGAGCUGGAUCUUGAAGGAUUGCUCACGAAGCUGACUGUCCUAAGGCGCUGA